GGAGCGGGCGCCGCCGGGGGGUGGGGGGAGCGUGCGGCGGGGCAGGUCCGGUCCCGCCCCGCAGCGGGGAUUAAAGCGGCGCUGCCGGAGUGCGCAAAUCCGCUGCGUUAAUGCCCUAUAAUCUCCGGGCCGCUUUUCCUCCCAAUUAACCGAAGCCGCCCGGCAGCCCUCAGAUGCUGGCGGCGGCAGGCCGCGGCCGCGGCGCCCCGCCAUCUUAAGCCGCCGCUGCGGGGCGGGGCGGAGCGGCGCAGCGCCCAUAAGCAGCGGCGGCCGCCGGGCGGCGGGCCCGCAGCUCCGCGUCGCCUGCGAGGAUGGCGGCGGCGGCGGGCGCGGGCGCGGGCGCCGGCGCCUGGACGUGGCUGCUGCGGGGCCCCAGCGUCACCGAGGCGCUGCUGCUCGCCGUGUGCUGGCUGGGCUGCUACUGGCUGCUGAGGCGGCCGCGGCCGCCGCCGGGGCUGCCCCCGGGCCCCGCGCCCUGGCCGCUGGUGGGCAACUUCGCCUUCGCCCUGCUGCCGCCGCCGCUGCUGAGGAAGUGGGUGCUGGAGGUGGGGGGCGGCCGCAAGGGCUGCCCCGUCUUCUCGCCGCACGUCUUCCUCACCGGCCUCGGCGAGAUCUACGGCAGCAUCUUCCGGCUCUUCGUGGGCAGCCGCCCCUUCAUCGUGCUCAACACCUUCGAGGCGGUGCGGGAGGCGCUGGUGCACAAGGCGGAGGCGUUCAGCGACCGCCCCACCGUCCCCAUCGUCGUCAUGAUCACCCACAAGAAGGGUGUUAUUUUUGCACCUUAUGGCCCUGUCUGGAAGCAACAGAGGAAAUUCUCUCUCUCAACGCUUCGUCAUUUUGGAGUAGGAAGACAUAGCUUAGAACCUAAAAUCAUUGAGGAGCUGAAGUUUAUAAAGGAAGAAAUGCUGAAGCAUGGAAAGGAUUCAUUUAAUCCCUUUCCGAUUAUUCGCAAUGCGGUGUCCAACGUUAUCUGUUCCAUGACUUUUGGAAAGCGUUUUAACUACGAAGACAUUGAGUUCAAGACCAUGCUGAAGAACAUGGCCCGUGCACUAGAGCUAAGUGUGAACAGCUCUAUGAUCCUGGUCAAUAUCUGCCCUUGGCUGUAUUACCUUCCCUUCGGGCCUUUCAGGGAACUUAGACAAACAGAAUUAGAUAUUACUGCUUUUCUAAAGAAAAUAAUUGCACAGCACAGGGAUACACUGGAUGCAGCAAAUCCCAGGGACUUCAUUGAUAUGUAUUUCCUCCAUGCAGAAGAAGAGAAGAACAAGGAGAGCAGUUUUAAUGAAGACUACCUCUUUUUUAUCAUUGGUGACCUCUUCAUUGCAGGCACAGACACCACUUCCAACACAUUGUUGUGGUGCCUGCUCUAUAUGUCUCUCUACCCAGAAGUACAAGAGAAGGUUCAUGCAGAAAUUGGAGCAGUUUUAGGACGUGACAAAGUUCCCUCUCUUGCCCACAAGGCUCAAAUGCCCUUCACAGAGGCAACCAUUAUGGAAGUGCAAAGGAUGACUGCAGUUGUUCCCCUUUCUAUCCCUCGAAUGGCUUCAGAAACUGCUGUGCUGCAAGGAUACACUAUCCCUAAGGGCAGUGUGAUUGUGCCCAACUUGUGGUCAGUACACAGAGAUCCUAAUAUCUGGGAGAAACCAGAUGACUUUAAACCAACAAGAUUUCUGGAUGAAAAUGGCGAGCUAAUUAAGAAAGAGGCCUUCAUUCCUUUUGGAAUGGGUAAACGUGUGUGCAUGGGAGAACAGUUGGCAAAAAUGGAGCUGUUCUUAAUUUUUGCAAGUCUCAUGCAAAGUUUUACGUUUUUGUACCCUGAAAAUGCUACAAAACCAUCCAUGGAGGGAAGGUUUGGUCUAACUUUAGCUCCAUGUCCAUUCAAACUAAUAGCUUUGAAGAGAUGAUUUAACAUCAAAAAAAGAUUAAAUGAAGAAAUACUGCACUUACUAAAUUCAGCUUUAUUUUGUUUCCAGCUUAUUGUGCUACUUCCUUUGCAGAAAAACACCAACUGCAUGGACUUUCAUAAUCAGUGAGAAUGAUCCUUAAUACUUCUGGAAAGAGAAGAUUUUGUUGUGUCAGCUAUUGCAUUCCACAAAUGAACUGACAGCACUGUAGUUUGCAAUUUGAUAUUGAAACUUGCUGGUUCUCCCCCCCCCCCCCCCCCCCCCCCAAUCUGUAAGCUAUGGCUGUCAGUUUGUCAAAUGCUAAUUAUGGGAGAAUGGUCCAAAACAUAUGUUAAUGCUUUAGUGAAUAAUAAUGGUUAUUUUGGUAAAAGCAGUGCAUAACCAUUUAAUUUACUAAGUGAGUGAAGGACAUGAUCUAAUACCAAAGCAUUAAUGAAGGAGAGGGUAUUACCAUUGCCAGUAUAAGGAAACACUGUACUUGAGUAUAAAUAAUGACAAAUACUAUUUAAAAAAUGACUAAAUGACACUUCUUUUAAUCUUAGAGGAUUCUUUCUUGCAAGUAACUCAUAGGCUGGAUCAAGUCAGUUCUGAUUCCUGGAUCCAAGCAUUCUAGACUAUCAGGGCUCACUGUAAAAAUGCAGAUACCAAGUGGAAAAGUCCAUGCUGUAUUUGCUGGCUUGGGGCCAUGAAAGGAGUGCUUCGGAGUCUGGAUGUAGGUGUUUUAUCUCGGCAUAGAAAUGAGAGUUCUAAAAAGAAACAAUAGAAGUCUUCCCUCUCUGGCUGCCUGACUCAGAGCUCUUCGCAAUGGCCAAGCAGAUGUUCAAAAGUACAUCUGCGCUGUCACUUCAUAUUCCCCGUGGGCCCCAUGUCAGUGGUGACAGCCUGUACUCUGACUGCAGACCGACCGCCUGCUCAUUGGGGAAGCUUGCAAAUGGAUGAUAUGAAAGUUGGGCCUUGCACUCAGGUUCUGCCUUUAUGGGCAGUGUGGACACAACUGCCACGUCUGUCUCGUUUGGCUCUGAGAGCUGGAGUCGUAUUUCAGAUACGACAUCAAAGGCACUCAGAUUUAGCUCUUAAAGAUUUAGGCAUGGAAACAUGCCUAAACAUGCCUGAUAAACUUGAGACUUGAUUGUAGAGGCUCUCUCUUUGUUAUCUUGCAUAUGGAGUAAAAAGAUCUAUAGCUGGUAUAAUAUAUCAGUAUCUUACUCUUUUCUCAUGCACAGUUUUAGUGCUGUUUAGCAAUAUUAACUAACCAUUGGGGAGCCUAUGGUUAAGAAUUUCCGAAUGGAACGCUUGCUCUGCAUAAGCUUGCCUUUUAUUUGAAAGAUCUCUGAAAUGUUUCAUCCUCUGGGGGUCAGGCAACAAUUAACCUUUAAGUAAUUGUUCUUAAUCAUCUUUAAAUCUCUAUACACCUUUUGACUUAGCAGUACUUCAGAGGAAAUAGAUCCAUAUAUAUGCUUCAAAGGAAGUCGUACUUCUUUUUUUUUCCCCAUUGGAAAUCUAGACAAUGCUAGCAGUCCUAGUGUUGUCUUAACUCCUGAUAUUAAAAUUGCAAGAUUGUGAUGUGAAAUUGGAAUCGGGUAGUCUGUAGCAGAAACGAAACCUAAAUUCUAAAAGAGAAAAUUCAACUCCUGAAAUUUAAAUUACCUCUGUUUUUGUCACUUUUCCACUUGAAGCUUUAAAAACCAGGUAGUGCCUAGCAAAGACUGUAAAACAGUUACUUUGGGUAUGAGGUUUUCUGUUUGUUCUCUUGCCUAACACAGUGGCUUAAUUUCUGAAUGAUGAAUUUGAUUGGUAAGGUACCGUAAUGUUUGUGUAAGAACUUUCAGUGCUUAUAUAAGCUAAUCUUUCACCUUAUAGGUUAGAGCGUGCUCGUGUUAAAUACCCACGUGAAAUUUUUUGAAAACCCCACAGCAUAAUAAAAAGUUAAGUUAGUACCAGUGCUAGUUAUACUAACACUAAGCUUUGCUAAAAGCUGACAGCAUGGAAUAAUAAGUAAUUAUUUCUUAAUAUUCUACAAGGAAUAAAUGGGUUUCGUAUGGUUGGGAUUUUUGUCUGGAAAUCUUUAAAAUAGUAAUGCUUCAUUGCAAAGCUAAAAUUAAAUAUUGAUAAUAUUUAUCUUUCUGUUGGAAUGUCUUUUUAAGCAGCAUAAUAAUCUGGAUGUGCAACUGAUGAUUUAUGUAAAAUACCUGUCCUUUUAAUCAAUGAGGACACAUUGAAAAAGCACUUUAGUAUUUUUUUUUUUUACAGAUUCCAAGGAAGACACAAUUCACAUAAUCUCCUACUCUGUGAAAUUGUAGGUAUUUGUGCUUGUUUUGCCUGUUGAAUUUAGUUUAAAAUGUCACCUUUGAAAAUUAUCUUUCUAGAAAUGGUACCUUGAGAGUGCGGUUUUUGGUGAUACCUAUAAUCAAGUGCUGCAUAGUGCGACAAGCUGAAAAUACAGAUGUGAAGGUACAAUCGUGUUAGUGUCUGCCAGAAUGCAAGGUGCUGUUGCAAAUGACAACAAAAAAUAUACAUAUAUAUUCCAGAUAUACUGAAAUUUUCACAGGAGGAUGCCAUGAAAGUGUCUAAACUGUAGGAUAAAACCAGUGAAAUAUUUUUGGUUGUAAAAAUGUGUAGCAAUUUUUGGUAGACUGUAAGUAAAGUGGUGACAGAUGUGGGUUUGUAUUGCAAAUGUACCCCUCUCUUCCCUUUUUGGGGGACAGAAUUAUCUCAGAGGCCUUAUUGAAAUAUGUAUGUUUAUAUAACUGGAUGUCUAUUUCUGAAUGCUGGAAGUGUCUGUAUUUCUAAAUAUGACUUCAGGAUUUGCUUCAGUAUCAUUUUAUUUCUAAUAAAGUCAUUCCUACGUAA